UGGAGGGAGGAAGCCAGCCUCCCUCACGCUGGGUGCGGCUCGCUCCAGAGGCAGCCGGCCGAGAUCCACUCUACUCUUGGCCCUGGACUGACAGAGACAGUGCAGAGCGACUCUCAGCCCACAGGCACGAUUCAUCCUUCCCAGGAAGAUGCAGAGGCUCACAAUGCUCACCACUACUUUGGGCACCUACUUGGGCAUGCUGGUGGCAGCAGCCAUGGCAGGCUGUGACCCUACCCAACCGGACACUCCCAAUCUGCAAUGCAUCCACAGGCGCCAGAAGAGAGACUGGAUUUGGAACCAGAUGUAUGUUGAUGAAGAGAAAAACACCUCGUUGCCCUACUAUGUGGGCAAGAUCAAGUCAAACAUGAACCGCAGGAACGCCAAGUAUGUGCUCCAAGGGGAGGCUGCUAACAACAUUUUCCAGGUCAACCCAGAAACAGGGGAUGUGUAUGCUUUUGCAAGGCUGGACCGGGAGAAGGUCUCCUCCUACCCUCUUGUCGCCCUCAUCGUGGACAAAGACACUGACAAAAACCUGGAGCCUCCUUCCACCUUCACUAUCAAAGUUCAUGACAUAAAUGACAACUGGCCUGUGUUCACACAUCGGUUGUUCAAUGCUUCAGUGCUGGAGAUGUCACCUGGAGGGACCUCAGUCAUGCGUUUGACAGCAGUAGAUGCAGAUGACCCCACCGUGGCAGAGCACACCACCGUCAUGUACCAAAUCCUGAAAGGGGGUGACAAUUUUGCCAUCGACAAUUCAGGAUUAAUUACCACUGCAAAGCAAAACAUGGAUCGAGAAGUACAGGCCAGGUACGAGAUCGUGGUGGAGGCGCGAGAUGCCCAGGGCCUCCGAGGAGAAUCGGGCACAGCCACCGUGCUGAUCACUCUGCAAGAUAUCAAUGACAACUUCCCCAUCUUCGCUCAGUCAAUGUAUACAUUUUCGGUGCCUGAAAACAUCCACGUGGGCAGCUCUGUGGGCUCUCUGUUUGUUGAAGACCCAGAUGAGCCUCAGAACAGGAUGACCAAGUUUGAAAUCGUGGGUGGCGAGUACAGGGACACCUUCACCAUUGAGACGGACCCCACCCGCAACGAGGGCAUCAUCAAGCCCAUCAAGCCCCUGGACUAUGAGCUCAUCCAAAAAUACUUAUUUGUUGUGGAGGCCACAGACCCCACUAUCAACCUCAGAUAUUCAAGAGACCGCUCUGGGAAAAACAAAGCCCGUGUCAUCAUCAACGUUUUGGAUGUGGAUGAGCCUCCUGUCUUCCAGAGGCGUUUCUACCACUUCCUGUUGAAGGAGAACCAGAAGAAACAUCUGAUUGGUUCAGUGUUGGCCAAAGACCCGGACAAGACCAAGAGCAAAAUUGGAUACUCCAUCCGCAAGACCAGUGACAAGGGCCAAUUCUUCCAAAUAACCAAACAGGGUGAUAUUUACAAUGAGAAGGAACUGGACAGAGAAAUCUCUCCCUGGUACAACCUGACUGUGGAGGCCAAUGAGCUGGAUUCUAACGGGAACCCCACAGGGAAAGAAUCCAUUGUGCAAGUCCACAUUGAAAUUCUGGAUGAGAAUGACAACGCCCCUGAGUUUGCUCAGCCCUAUGACCCCAAAGUGUGUGAGAAUGCAGCCCAGGGCAAGCUGGUGAUGCAGAUUUCUGCAGUAGACAAGGAUAUAACUCCACAGAACGUCAAGUUCAAGUUCGCCCUGGGCACUGAUGACAGCAACUUCACCCUCAUAGACAAUCAUGAUAACACAGCCAACAUCACAGUCAAGUACGGGCCGUUUGACCCCGAGCACACCAAGUUCCACUACCUGCCUGUGCUCAUCUCCGACAGCGGAUCCCCGAGCCUGACGAGCACCAACACGCUGACCGUGGUCGUGUGCAAGUGCGACCAGCAGGGUCACUUCACCUUUUGUGAGGAGGCGGCCGCCCAGGCGGGCGUCAGCAUCCAGGCUUUGGUGGCCAUCUUCCUCUGUAUCCUCACCAUCGCAGUGAUCACCCUGCUCAUCUUCCUGCGGAGGCGGCUCCGGAAGCAGGCGCAGGCCCACGGCAAAUGCGUGACCGAGAUCCACGAGCAGCUGGUCACCUAUGACGAGGAGGGCGGUGGCGAGAUGGACACCACCAGCUACGACGUGUCCGUGCUCAACUCCGUGAGGGCUGGUGCGGGCAAGGCCCCGCGGUCGAUGCUGGACGCCAGGACACCCAUCUACACCACGGCACAGAAGCCACCGCGGCGGCCGCCUGCGGUGCACAGCGGGCCUGGGGAGAUGGCCACAAUGAUCGAGGUGAAGAAGGAGGAGGCAGACCAGGAUGGCGGAGUCCCGCCCUACGAUACACUGCACAUCUACGACUACGAGGGUUCGGAGUCCAUCGUGGAGUCGCUCAGUUCCCUGGGUACAGAUUCCAACGACUCUGACAUUGAUUACGACUUCCUCAACGACUGGGGGCCCAGGUUCAAGAUGCUGGCGGAGCUGUAUGGCUCCAGCCCCUGGGAGGAGCUGGGAUAUUAAGGCUUAGAGAGCUGUGGCCCUGGGGACUCAACCCACAGCAGCGCAGGCCAGUCGGACAGCAGACAUCGAGCCAUGCAGGGUGGCACUGACUCCCCAGCCCAGGAUCCUUUCUUCUUGGACACCAAAGACCUCACUAUUCCCAGGGUACCAAGCUCCAGACCCUUGAAAUACCCAGGAAGAUAUUUCAGUGAUGGCGACGCCAUAAAUGUUGGAAAAGCCAGGCUUCUGUAUUGUCUACGGUGGAAGGUCGCCCUGCUGCCCCCAUGCCACAGAUCUAACUCAGAGACUUUCUUUGGCUCAACAAAGCUGCCAAGCCAGCCAGCCCAGGUUCAGUUGCCAUGGGAUUGUCCCCUGCGGACACUUAACCCCUGGUGGAGCUGGUAUGAUUUUUGUGACUCUGCCUGGUGGCAGGGGGUGGACAGUAUGACCUGUGGGAGAAGACUGCAACCCAGUCCCCAGGGAGACUGCGAUUGUGCAUUGCACAGCUGUCCAGAGCCCCAGCUGUGCGUGAACCCUCACACUCCCUCGGUUCCCCAGGCCCAUCAAGAGGGAGAAAGGCACCACAUGGUAGCUCCUUCCCCUCGGUCCUGCAGUGACCUUGCUGGCCUGCCACUCCAGUAACUGCUGUACUGAGCAUUGAUGCAUUCAGCCACAUUCAGGGAAAUGGCUUCCUGAACUUAAAGCAACUGUGAAUUCAUCCUGUAGGGACAGUGACAACCAAGAGUGACAUCAUAGGCUGAAGGCCACCUCCACACCCACUGCCUCUGCAAAAGGCUUAGAAUAGCUGAGAGCCGGAUCUGACCCUCAUGAACACUCCCCUAGGCUUGCCUGUGAAAGGGCAGAUGUUUCCAGAGCAGAAGACCCACCCCCAUCUCCGCCUCACCUGAUCCCAGAAAUUGCUUUUUCUUCUUUUCUGUCUCUUGACUUGGAAGCAUCCAUGAUGUGUCGGCCCUCAGCAAGCCUAGCAGGGCCCACACCCAAACACUGCAGGCUGUGCAACAGAGCCUGCCAGUUGCCUUUAUGCCUUGUUGCCAUGUCUCAGGGAACCGGCCCUCAGCCACACCUGCGGAAGGCAAGGCCCCGACCUGCCCUGCCCUGCCCUGCCCUGCCCUGCCCCACUCUGCAGAUCCUGGCCUCUACGUGGCUCAGAGAGAGCUGUGUUUGAAACUUCCCGCUGCACACAAGUCUUGAGGAGGCAGCAUCCAGACAGCGCAAGGAAAUACCACACGCUCCAGCUUACCCUUCGUCACAAACCACGCUGCCCACGCAGGGGACAGCCUCUCAUACUGAAGGGACUGGAAAGAACACUGACAUUUUUUAACUAAUCAUUUGGUUUUUAUAAUGACUUUUUUUUUUACUAAUAAUACUUACAAAUUUCUAGCUCUCACGAACAUAUAGAAUAAGGGUUUCUCAUAAUAAGUAGAUUGUUAUUUAGAUUAACAAUUUUAAUUCCGGCUUUGUCAUUGGACAAACAUUUCCUGUAACCUUGUUUCCUAUCAUUGUAGUGGUUCCUCUACAGAUAACGAUCAUAUUUUGGCCACACUGGUGCAUGAGAUGUACUGUAUUUUUUUAUGCCUAAAUAAAAAAAAUUCUUGGAA